UUUUAACCAUGUACAUAUAAUUGUUUAAUCAUUUACAAUAUCUCGAUGUAUUUUAUGUGUUACUCUUGUCAUUAAACGAAGAUAAACUUAAUUAAUGAUCUAAAAUGACAGGCGUUGUCAAAGAUGACAAGAAGAAAAGGAAAUUUAAAAUUGUUUAUAACAAAACAGAAAAAUCUGGUGAUGAUUCUUCAAAAUUAACUGAAAAUGAUAAUCCCUUGGAGUUUGAUCAUUUGAUUGAUGAUAUAGAAGACUACCUCAAAGAUUCUAUUCAGUCUCAAAACACACAAAACGGCUCUCUGCCCCCAGUUUUGAAGUUUAACAAGAAUUGGACCCUAUCAGUGACUGAACUGUCCUCACAACUUUGGUGCGAAAAACAACUUGAGUUAUCAUUGUUGACGGGUCGUAAAAGGGUUACAGAAGAGAUGCUAAAAGGAAUUGAACGGCAUGAAGAACUGGAACUGGAAGACCAUGAAAUUAUAGAAGUGGAAGUUGAAACUAACGAGGACAACUUGGGAAUAAGAAUGUUAAACACCAUUAAUCUGUUAGAGCAACUCAUGUCUGAAGGUAAAUGCAGGGAACUGUGGCUGUUCUGGAACUUAGGCAGUUAUACUUUCUGUGGAAUCAUCGAUCAACUUACAAUAUCUAAAGAUAGGCUCACAAAGCAGAAAUCAGUAAUAAUAUCUGACACUAAAACCAGAAAGAGUAAAAAGCUACCAUCAGUUCAACAAGUUCAAGGAGCAUCACUUCAAGUCCAGGUUUACUGUAUGAUGUUGGAAGAUACAAAGAAUGGAGUGGUGAAUUUCGAAAAAUUAUACGACUCUUUCAAUUGUGAUAAGUUUGCAGAAUUUACCACUCCUGAAUUGAAGAAAGAAAAAUGCCUCCAUGAACUGGAAAAGAAAUACUUAAGGGCAUUCAAAAAACUACCCAAAAUUUCAUGCGAAAUGAACCUGGAGUACGAAUUUGAGGGAGAAAUAUUCUCAAAUUCUAAAAUAAAUUUGAAUAGAGACAACGCCGUGAUGACAGUAGGAUAUCUUUGCAACUUCUGGGAUGGAUUGAGGGAGGCAGACUAUGUUGCUAAAAAUGAAGCAUGGAAGUGUAAAAUGUGUGAAUUUAAAGACGAAUGCCCUGUUUGUCCACUAGUGUCGGAUAAUAGUUAAUCGAAUCGUCUAUUCAAACAAAAUUCCUGUAAAAUUAGUGUGUUGUCAAGUUUAUACAAUUAAACCAAAAUGAUGCAAAUGUAAAUUAAUAAUUAAAAUUGUUCAAUGGAGUUUUGUGUAUUUUAAUUGUUUAUAUCUCUUAAAACCAAAGAUUGAAUUCCCCAUUUGUAACUGGAGCCAUAAUAUAGUAAUUCACAGUCUA